AUGUCCACAGAAUAUGAUUUCGACAUUCAUAGCGACGAGAAAGUGUUUGUCUACAGUUACAUAAAAGUAGCCGGAGACGAACUUCGAAAGAUAAUUGACACGUCGUCGUUUAAACUACUCGACGAUAUUUUAAUAUUUCAAACAUUGUCUCGUAAUGUCGAUUAUACAUUUGUUCACCAUUCUUCUCUGACGUGCCGGGAAUGA